AAAGAAAUCCAUUUCUACGAGAUACAUUUUUUCAUAAUAAUAAACAUGUUUUUGUGACUCCGACGGAAAAGUGAGGAACACUCGAGCGCCGCCGCCCGCCGCGUUUUGUUGUUAUCCGCGAAACGUUCGCGUUCACGACGGUGACACACGCACGCGUGUCGACCACCCGCCGAACUAUCGCGCGCACGCGCACGAGCUUUCGCCCCUCACACGGAUUGCGCUUCGCUUAUCAGUGCGCUGUGUAUUACGUGAAUACGUCGAGCCAGUAUUUCGCGGAUCCGUUGCUGUCCGGACGACAAAUUUUUCUCAUUUUUUUGUUUUUUUUUUUUUGUUAAUUUUUUUCCGUUUUCUACUCCUCUCUAGAAUUCCGUCACGCUACUCGUACCCGCACGCCAACGUCCGUCACAAGGGAAUAAAGUUUCUUGUUAGUGCCUCUCCUCCCUCUCAAAAACCGUUCGAAGUUCUAUGUUAUUCGUUUCCGACGAACGUUUGCGCGCCUCCGUAGUCGUUUCCCGAACCGUCCGAUUCAUUAGCCACCGCGUUUGUCGUCCGACUACUGAUAUAGUAGUUGCCCGACAUCAACCCCGAAUCCGCUCGCACGGGUUCCGUAAACCCGUGACACCAUUGACCGGUCAUGCGCCCAGCUCUAGUUGUAGCUGCCGAAACCAUGCCUGUUGCGCGGUGGACAAUUUAAAUGGGAAAUCAUGCAAACGCCAGAGAAAAUAAAGCCACCUCCACUGCCAAAGCCAAAAUUGUUUCUUUCAAAUUCAAAUGAUUGCAAUUGUGACGCACCACAAAAGACAAAAAAUAUAAUGGUCACCAAAAACGAUAAAGAUAAGGUUUCUGUUUAUAAAUGUCAUUUGGAUUCAACAGCUACAAGGUACAGAGUUAAACCUCCAUUACUUCCAAAACCAAAUAUCACUGCGUUGAAAACCAGUCCAUACAAAGUCAAACAUCAAUUUCCGAGUGUAGAAUCUUCAUCUAAUAUAAAAGUUGAAAAGACUGUUAAUUCUGCCAUAAAUCAAACUUCAAAUGUUGAGCUUAAUGAAAUUGACUAUAAUAAAACAUAUGAAGAAUUAAAAAAUGAUAGUGAUGUCAAUUCAAAUAUUUCCCAAAUAGAAGUUCCUGUUAAUGUAAAUAGUAUUAUAGAAAGAAAUAUAAUUUAUAGUGAGAACAACAAUAACAGUAUUAACAAUAAAUGUUCUGACAAUGCUUUAAAUUUUGAGUAUCAGGAUGAAAAUUUAUUAAGUGAAUAUGUAGUCUUUGAUGGUGAUUUAGAUUUGUCAAUUGGUCAGUUAAAUGAUAUGAACUCAACACUCGAAGAUGAAAAAUUAUCCAUUACUAGUGAUUCAACAGAUCAAUCAUUUUCUGUUCGAAAAAAAAUUGUUACCUGGUUCGGUUCAUUUGGCAAAGGAAAACACUUAAAACUGAAAAAACGUAGUUCUUUGUAUGAUAAUCAGAAUGAUGAUGGAACUACGGAUAAAGAGGAUAAUGAUGCCGAUUCUCAUUCAUCACUAGAUGACAAACCAAAUGAAAAGGUUGAACUUGAUGAAACAUUGUCUAUUGAUAAUAUUGAAACAUUUGAAACUGAAGAAAUACCAACCAAAGCCAAGUCCUUGAGAAUUGUUGAGGAACUUAUAUCGACUGAAAAAGUAUUCAUUGAUGUUUUAAGAUUACUAUGUAACACAUUUGUUGCUUUUGUUGAACAAACUGGUGGUGAUGUUAAAGUAAUACCAUCAACUGAUUUAUUAAAAAUAAUCAGUCCUCUUCCUCAGUUAUUAAGUCUUAAUGAAGACCUAUUGCAAGAUAUGGAGAAACGAAUGGAGAAUUGGAAUGAACAUCCUAAAAUUGCUGAUGUUAUAGUGAAAAAAGGACCUUUUCUUAAACUUUACUCUACCUAUAUACAAAAUUUUGAGGGGCAAUGUAAUUUGUUGGAUGAAUGUUGUCAAAAAUAUCCACGAUUUCAGAAAUGUGUCAAAGACUUUGAAGCCUCUGAUGUUUGCAAAAAACUUACAAUUAAACAUUAUAUGUUAAAACCUAUCCAACGAAUACCUCAGUAUAGACUCUUGUUAGAAAGCUAUUUAAAAAAUCAAGAUGAAGACUCAAUUGAUUACAAUGAUACAACGGUAGCUUUGAAAAUUGUUUGUGAUGUUGCUAACCAUGCUAAUAAAAGUAUCAAACAAGGAGAUUGUGUGAGUAAACUUUUGCAGAUACAAUCUCAAUUAGGAAAUUACGUGGUACUAAAACCCGGUAGAGAACUUAUUAAAGAUGGUGAACUUUAUAAGCUAUCCAGAAAAGACAUGCAACUUCGAUAUUUUAUUUUGCUCAAUGAUUGUUUAUUAUAUACUUCAUAUUCUGGUACAGUUGCUGGAUUAAAAAUAAAUUAUGAACUUCCACUUAGUGGUAUGAAAGUAUUUCUACCUAUGGCUGAUGAUUGUGGUUGUGAAUUUAGUAUAAUUUCAAUUACCAGAAGUUUCACUCUUAAGGCUAAAUCAUCUGUUGAACGUGAGGAAUGGGUUACAACUCUAGAAAAAGCAAUUAGUGAGCAUAACAAUAGACAGCUAUCAUUUUUGAACAUGAAAUUUAUUCCAAAAAAUGUUGGUUGUGAACCACUUCAGUUGGGAUACGAGGCUCCAAUAUGGAUUCAAGACUGUCGUGUGACUAUGUGCCAAACGUGUGCAGCAGAAUUUACUGUCACGUUUCGAAGACAUCACUGUAGAGCAUGUGGAAAAGUAGUGUGUGGCAAUUGUUCUGAAAAUAAAGCACCCCUUCGUUAUAUGAAGUUUCAGGCUGCUCGUGUGUGUGACGAUUGUUAUGAUUAUUUACUAAAAGAAUUUGAAGAUAAAAUGAUAGAAAUGCGACAAGAAUCCAGUAUAACAGACUUUGAAAUUAUUAAAAUGGUAGAUACAAUAAAAAAUUCUUUUAAAAAGUCUGGAGUAUGGAGUUCAAAAAAACUCGUGAAAUAUGUUCCACAGCGGUUAAAAGAGGUGAUGGCCAACGAUUCUGGUUCACAAAUGAGUGGUUGGUUAUUUCGACGCGAAAAACGUAAAUCAUGGAAAAGAUUUUGGUUUGUUUUAAAAGAACAAGUAUUAUAUGCAUACAAAGCUUCUGAAGAUGUUGUAGCAUUAAACACUAUACCAGUUCUUGGUUAUAGUAUUCAAACAUUUCCAGAAGGUACGAAUUACGAAGAAUUUGAUUCAAAUUGUAUUUUUCAACUAGCUCAUGCCGGACAAAACCCUAUGAUAUUUUGCGCUGAUGCCGAACAGUUAGCUAAUAGAUGGAUUGUCGCUCUUAACGAAGCAACACAAUUAAAAUAA